GAGUCGGCUUCAGUCUGCAGGGAGUCCGACUUUGGGGUUUUAGGGUUUUCAGCGAGACGACGCAAUCUCUCAAUCUCUUUUGAACUCUUCAAAUCUAGCCAUGACUGCUCAGACUCAGGAAGAACUCCUCGCCGCCCAUCUCGAACAGCAAACCAUCGAUCCUGAUCAGCCUACGGUUGAAGAGGAAGAUGACGAUGAUGAAGAUGAAGACGAUGAUGAUGACAAGGAUGACGAUGAAGUCGAGGGACAAGAUGGGGAAGCGAGUGGCAGGUCAAAGCAAAGUAGAAGUGAAAAGAAAAGCCGAAAAGCAAUGCUGAAGCUCGGAAUGAAAUCUAUUCCAGGAGUUAGCCGGGUCACAGUCAAAAAAAGCAAGAAUAUCUUAUUUGUGAUAUCCAAACCGGAUGUUUUCAAGAGCCCAACUUCAGACACCUAUGUUAUCUUUGGUGAGGCAAAGAUUGAGGAUUUGAGCUCGCAACUGCAGACUCAGGCUGCAGAGCAGUUUAAAGCUCCUGAUCUCAGUCAUGUGAUUUCCAAACCAGAGACCUCGGCCAUAGCCCAAGACGAUGAAGAUGUAGAUGAGACCGGAGUAGAGCCCAAGGAUAUUGAGUUGGUGAUGACACAAGCAGGAGUAUCUAGAUCAAAGGCUGUAAAGGCACUGAAGGCUGCUGAUGGAGACAUUGUUUCUGCUAUCAUGGAACUUACCAACUGAAGUGUCUUUAGAAAUGUUUUCUAGUAUGUUAUCCCUUAUUAUGCUUGUCUUUUUUAUGGUUUUUUCAUAUCAUGUGUGCUGGAAUUUGGUCCGGAUUAUUUCCAAUUUUAGUCAAGUUAUUCAGUCUUUUGCUCAACCUUGUUGUAUCAGUGACAAACUGAGAAUUGCUUAAACUAAUCAAGUUUUUUCCAAGUUAA